AAUGCUUAGCGAAUUUUAUCUUCGUUUGUAGAUAGCUUCUUUUAAGUGUAUAAAUAGGCGAAUUUCUUUAUUAGAAAUUCAAUCAGUCCAAAAUGUUGCUCAGGUACAUCGUUCUUGCAGUACUUUUCUAUGUCGCGGGAGCUUUGCCCAGAGAAGGAUUGACGCCGCGUAUCACAGAUGGAAAAACAGCAAAAGUUGGACAAUUCCCAUAUCAAAUUUCAUUAGAAUGGUCUAUUCUUCCCUUGUUGGUCCCCUACACACACGUGUGCGGUGCUUCAAUUAUAAAUGAAAACUGGGUAUUAACUGCUGGACACUGUUUGACUGAAAUUCCUAAAUUUGGAAAAAUGAGAGUAAACGCCGGAAAGUACAAAAUCAUCGAAGCUGGACCUGAGCAACAGCUUGUUAAAAUUUCCAGAAAAGUCGUUCACGAAAAGUACCCAGGAGGUGUUGCGCCCUAUGACAUUGCUCUGCUGAAGUUGGAACAACCUCUUGUAUUUAAUGACCACGUUGGUCCCGUUUCUCUGCCACAACAAGAGGAAGAGUUUGAGGGAGAAGUGGUUCUUUCGGGAUGGGGAAGUGUCUCCAAGAAGGUGAUACCUAGCUUACCAAAAGUUCUGCAGUACGCUGAAAUGCCACUGGUUGACUACGAAUCUUGCCGUAAAGCACUUGGCACUUACCAAAAGGAUGCUAAACUCUACAAAACCCAAAUUUGCACUGGCCCUCUCGGAAAGUCAACAUCUGCCUGCUCGGGUGACUCAGGUGGUCCUCUCGUGAAAAUGGUCAAUAACACUCCAGUUCAAGUAGGAAUCGUCUCUUGGGGAAUGCUGCCUUGCGGUCACGGUGCUCCCUCCGUUUACACACGUAUUGCCUCAUACGCCGACUGGAUUAAAGAAAACAUUAAAGCAUACUGUCGGAACCAAAGUCUUAAAAAAGUACGGUUAGGCUAUAACUUACCGCAUCUGUCUGGUCGAAUUGUGGGUGGUUCCGAAGCAUCCAAGGGACAGUUCCCACAUCAAGUGUCACUGCAAUGGGGUAUGCCACCUUUAAUUAAAAAUAAGCACUUUUGCGGAGGAUCUAUCAUUAGCGACACGUGGAUUCUCACCGCCGGACAUUGCAUUCUGGCUGUUCCCAACUAUGGUACAUUUAUUAUAAAAGCCGGUAAACAUUCUCUAAGUGCAACGGAGAGGACGGAGCAAUCGAUUCAAGUAUUAAAAUCAAUCGUUCACGAAAAAUAUAAAGGUGGAGUUAAUCCUUACGAUAUUGCCCUAAUAAAACUAAAAAAGCCUUUAACUUUAAACAAAGUGAUCAACACAAUCAAACUUCCAACAAGUAACUCCGAACAUACUGGAGAAGUGAUUCUAUCCGGUUGGGGAUCCACUUCAAGCGUUAACAAUGCAAUAAUGCCGGACACUUUGCAAACAGUAAAAAUUCCAUUGGUUGACUUAAGAACUUGCAAAAGUGCACUUGAAUCUCUUACUGGGCCAUCGCCUCUUCAUGAAACAAACGUCUGUACUGGACCUUUAACUGGAGGAACUUCUGCCUGCAGUGGAGACUCUGGUGGACCACUUAUAGCAGACAUCACACCCGGAAAUUCUGAAAUUAUUGGAGUUGUUUCGUGGGGAAUUAUUCCUUGCGGUUCUGUUGGAGCCCCAUCAGUUUACACCAAAGUAUCUUCUUAUGUAGAUUGGAUACAAAACACAAUUGAUAGUAACUAACUUUUUUUGUACUUUUAGUAAUUAUAACUUUUUCUAUUUUAAAAUGACUAAUAAAAAUUUUCAUAAUGUAAAAA